GUGCAGCCGCGGCACUUUGAGCGGCGCCACGGUCGCGCCGCAGCGGAGGUGGAGGCGCGCGUCCAGGACGGGCUGAUCACCCCCGUGAAGCCGCGCUGGGGCCCGAAGCUCUGCGCCUCGCGCUCGGUCCUCUCCGCGCUGCUGAAGGACCUGCUGGCGCGCGGGCUGGGCGGGCUGCGGACCUCCAUCCGCGCCCGCGUCGCGCUGUUCUUCCGCGCCAAGGAGGGCGGCUCGCAGUGCGUGGUCGUCGCCGCCCGCGAGGCAACCAGUGCCCUCCGCGACCUCGACCUUAGCGACGCCGCCUUCGAGGCUGCAGGCUGCAACCCGCGGGCCGCGGACAUCCACGUCGCCAGCCUGGAUUUGUGCCGGGGUUUCUACCAGUGCCGCGCCAGGCAGCUCGCGCGGCGGUUCGGCACGGAGUUUGCUUUCGCGGCCCGCGAGCGGGGCGUCGCCUCCUGCUGCGACGAGGGCGCCGCGAUGGAGCUCCCCGUCGAUGGCGACGCCGCCCUCUACUUUGUCAUGGAGGUGCUCUGCAGGGGCUUGCGCUGGUCACUCUACUUCUGCCAGUCGAUCAUGGGCGCCCCCGCGCCCUUGGUCGCUCCUGGACAUCCCGCUUUCUCGGUGCACGUCGACGGCGGCGCUGUGAUCGGCUUCCACCGCGACGACGCGCAGCGCGGCCUGGGCCGCUACCUCGCGCGGCUGGAGGAGAUGGAUUUCGUCGUCCACGACGUCGAGCCUGCCCAGACCGAGCUCACCCUUGUCGGCUUGUGCUUUCUGCGGGGGGCCCUGCUCCAGUUGCUCCUCGCCGAGAAGUACACCUGGCUGCUGCAGCAGGUCGGCUGCCCUGGCGUCGCGCUCCAGCGUGUCGUCGGGCACCUCGUGCAUCGCUUCCGCCUGAUGCCGCGGGGCUUGUCUGCCCUGGGCCACUGCGAUCGCUUCUUGCAGCGUUAUGGCCGUCGCGAGUGGGGCUGCUUCAGCGAUGCCCUCGACGCCGAGCUUCGCGUCCUCAAGGGCCUCGUGAAGCUCGUCGACGUGGACCUUGCAGCGCCGCGGGCGAUUGCGGUGCUCUGGGGGCAGCUCGACCUUCGGUUCAAGAUCGAGGAGGCCAACCUCGCGGACGCGUCCGGCGUCGGCGACCGCGUUGCGGCGCACGCCCCGCACUUGGCCGCCGAGUUUGGGUCGCUCGGCUUGGGCGUCGCCGGCAUCGCGGAGCAGGCAGGCCCGCCUCGCGCGCGGCCCCCUUCCCUGCCCCGCCGGCGCCGGGCGCCCUGCCGCGUGGUCGAGGCCUCGGGCGCUUUCCACUCGCUGGGCGACGCCUGCACUGACCCCAACCGCUGGCUCAACAUCGCGAAGGGCGGCUGGGCCUACCACAACGCCACCCACAUGAAGGAGGCGCGGGUCGCGCUGAUGCAGCUUCGGCGGGCCGCCCGUUGCUCCGCCAUUCACGGCGUGCGGCUGCUGGGGCUCGCCGACAACCUGAGCGCGGCGGCCAUCGCGAUCGGCGCCGAGAUCGCCUGGCACCUCAUGCGCAUGCAGAGCGCGCGCAAUUGCACGGACUGCGACUCCCGAGCUGCUGAUCGCGGAGAGGUCCCGCUGCUGCACCCGCUGCUGUUCGGCGGGCGCGCCGAGAGCGGGCUGCCGCAACGCCUGGGCUUCUGUGCCCGCAAGCGACCGCCGUCUCCUGCGUGGCUCGUCGCCCCUCCGCAGCCCUUGCCCAGCUCCGUCUGGCCUGCCGCGCGAGGCGACGGGGCUGCCGUGUCUACUGCAUCUCCUAGAAGGCGCGUCAGUUUGUGCCGGCGGCCGGGCAUCUAUUGGACGAUCGAGAACCCGCUGCGCUCAGCGCUGUGGGAUCAUCCUCUCGUCCGUCCUCUCAAGUUGCCUCAGUCGGUCUUCGUUGAUUUAGAUAUGUGCGAGUUCGGUGCUCACUAUCGGAAACCCACUGGCCUCUUGGGUGCGCCCCCUGGUCUCAGCCAGUUGCAUCGCUGUUGUCAGGGUGGCCACUAUCACGACUUCUUGGAAGGGAAAAUCUACGCGGUGCCUCCGUCGAGCCCCCAGACCACGGCAGCCUCUGCCCCGCGCGCCGCGGCUCGGCCGGCUCGAGCGGCCUGGCGCACCGCCCUUGCGGGCGCCUACCUUCCAGGCACCUGCCGCGCCUGGGCCGCCAUCUCCGCCGGGGCGGCACCCCGCGGCGCGCGGCUCGGCGCGGCCGAGGGCGGCAACUCAGUGGGGCGCGGCCAGUGGCACGCUGCGCUACAGCCGACCGCUGGGCUCGGCGCCGGCCCCCUCGGACCUCGGCUCGACCCGCCCCCCGCCGACGGCGUCCGCGAGUGUCCGCUUCACGGCCGAGCGCUGCCCGCCGACCUCGCAAAGCUCGACGAGAUCCUGAAGGCGUUCAUCACGGAGCUGUACUUCGACGGCGAGGCCGUCAGCGCCGGUCGCGCGAUGCUGGCGGCGGUCGCGUUCAGCCUAAACCUCGGCUUCGGCGGCAAGGGCGCCCCGCAGCGACUGCAAGAAGCGCAGCUUGCGUGGCGCAACGCGGUGCGCAUCGAGUUCAUGCACAGCGCCUGCGCGAGGGCGCCAGCGGCGCAGGGCCGCAUGGCCGUAGCGGCGCGCCUGGCCGUAAGGGGCGGCGCCAUGAUUGCCGCAGGGGUUGAGGAAUGGGAGACGUAUGAGUUUGAUGCGUAUGAGGACGUGGACUUCGACUCGCAGGGCAUUCCAAGACCACGCGACGACGACGUGGACUUCCCCGUCAGCGACUGGUCGGCGGAGCAGCGAGAGGAGGAGUAUUCCAGGGUCGGCGCGUUCCCAAAUUGUAGCGGAGUGCGUUCGCUGGCGUGCGAGAUCAUCUGCGUCGGGCCCCGCCAGGCGGAAGCCGACUUCGAGGGGGUGUGCGUCAGGGACUUUCCCGUGGAGAAGCAGAGGGGCAUGGCGGGGUACACUUCGUUCGCGCAGAACUGCAAGGACGAGGCCAAAGGGCGCCUUAAGGAAAUAUUAUGCCGCAGUGGCGGCGAAGCUCUCUACGGCACGCUUUCGCACUCGCAUUUGGCAAUCAUUCUGCGGGCCAUCGACGCGGGGGCAAAGUGGGAGAUCCCUGCAGACGACCUGACCCCUGCGCAGGUGGCGAUGCUGCAGCCCAUGUGCGAGGUCGGCACAGGCUUGCCGAUGAUGCCCGCAGCGGCGGGCAAUGACCCUGCGGCGCAGAAGCUCGUGAAGGAGGGGAUGCUCUACGAGGUGCCGGGCCCUGAUGUCAUGCUUGGCGAACAGAACUGCUCCAUCAUGGCCCAGGCCAUUAGUCGGCCACAGGCGUUCUCCAUGCGGAUGUCGGAGCUGGAGGCGAUGAAAGUAUUCUCCUCAGAGAUCAAGAACGCAAAGGCGGACGGCAGCGACGCGAUCACCUACGAGAGCGCGAUGCAGGCGGCAGGCGCCCGACUGUGGAGCCCCCCCCCCGACCUCCCUUUCUGCGACUUCUUCAACUUCAUCCUGAACCUGGGCGCCGAUGGAGGCCCUCACAUACGGGAACUCAUCGACAUCGUCGAGACGUACGUCAAUUCUGCUACGGGAAUGUCGCGCCUGCCUGCGUUCGGCCUCGUGGGGGAGGUGAGCGCGCAGUUCCCCCGCGCGAAGGUGGCCGUCAUCGCGCGGGCCUGCAGGUUGCCGCCCAAGAAGGCUUCCAAACAGACGGGGGCGCCAGGCUGGCGCAUCGAGCCCGAACUUGCGUGGAAGCAGCGAACCCUGGAGCCGCUGUUGCGGCUCAUGGAGGGUGUUCUCCACGCGCGCCACGCGGCCCUGAGAACCGAAAUCGCGAAGCACCUGGACAACGGCGCCUCGGUGGUGGUUCAGUUUCUGACCAACGUUAACAUCCAGCGCGCCAGCGCCAUGGCUGUCGCGGUCAAGGGGGCCAACCCCUCGACGGCGAAGGCCCGCGAGGCGCUCUUGCAGGGGCGCAAGGCGGCGUACGCGAACGCCCUACCGACAGAGAAAGCUGCCGCGCUCAUGGCGACCUUCCAGGCACAGGAGGACUGGAAUUGGUUCGAUUUUGCAACGCUGCCGCCCGAAGAAAUGACAACGGCUCAGGAAAAGGGGGGCGGGCCCGCCGCGCAGCCCGCGGCGAUCGCGUCCAGCGCGAUCACUGGGCGCCCCGAGAACGAACAGGCCACCGUUAAGAAGGGGGAGAGGCCAGCAAUGUGGUUUCUACUGCCAGUCACGGAGUGGUUGGCCCAGGCAGCCGCCAGGGACAUGGGCAAGAGGGUGGCCUACAUGGGGGCGGUGCUGCAGGUGCUACGGGAGAAGCACUUGGUUCACGUGGAAGUGUGGGCCAAGAACCCAGAAGAGCCUGUGAAGACUUCGUUCUACAUGCAUCCAGAGUUUGCCGCGCCCGGCAGCAAGACGCCCUACGACGUGGAGGAGACGGACCCCGCUCAACGAGAGUGGAAGUGGGCGGGCAAGGAUUCCAUGCACCCCUUCUGGAGCGCGACGAAGCUCACGGCCGAAGAGCUUGGGGCGCGAAGCGUCGCUGAAGCAGGGGCGGGGCGAGCGCGUUUUAACGUGGAGCUCGCGCCGAAGGAAGUGAACAUAGCCAUCUGCGGUCGGGCCAUCUGCGUCCGAAUCCCAGUGGCGACCAACGCCGUGGAUCUCCAGGCGGGCGAGGAACUGAUCAUGGAAUACACGCAUGUGAAGAGGAAGAAGGAAGCGGCCCCGACCGACCGGUGGAAAGCCGCGAAGAAGGAUGGGGGGCUGGAGAGCGAUGCUGCGCGGUGCCGCCGCAGCGUAUCGGUUCCAGCGCAGACGCUCGCCCCCUUCGGCUCCGCCUGCGCGGCGGGCGACGCAGCGGCGUCCAUGGGGAAGUCGAAGACCGCGCGUGCUUCCCCCCAGUGGGAACCCGCGCAGCUGGGCGAACGAUUCUCUGUCUGGGGCGGUCGGUUGACAGAGCCGCGCGCGCUCUUGGAGACCGAGGAGAUCUCUACCAUCGCAGGGCGCGUGAAGUUCGUCGACUUUUCUGUGGGCCUGCCGUGGGUAGUCCAUGCGCUCGGCUACGCGCUCAGGAAUUCAAACGGGGCUUCUGUGCAGGGGCGCGCGUGGAAGGAUAUCGCGGACGCGUUCAAGGCCCAAGCGCGAGCCGAGGGCGCCGCAGCGGCGGCUGGCGAGGACGACAAGGGGGAGACGCCGUGGACGCCAUGA